UCUUAACUCCACACUAGCCACUCUGCUACACAGACAGACCCAAGAAUCACACUCUGCUCUCCUCUGUUGCGCUGCUUUUGCUUCUCUCCAUUGGAUAUUCCUCCCUGGGUGUUUCUUUUUUUUUCCAUUUUUUGUGAAUGGGCAUCCGUAGCCAGUGUGGGGAGCUUGUGAAUGGACUGACUGCCUGGCUGACUGAUUGACAGGCAAGGCAAAGAGAGAGGCAGCUGUGUUUCAAUUAAAAAGGGCAAUGCUGAGAGGUCAAGCGAGGAGCAACAGAGCCUCUUAGUAGUCUGGAAAUACAAAGACACGAGAGGGGAAUCGUGAAACUGAAGAUAAUCAGCAGAGACAGAGAGGAGAAUGGUUCAUCACAGAGAAGAGGACCUGAUUGGGAUCCCCUUCCCGAAUCACAGCAGCGAUGUCCUGUGCAGCCUCAAUGAGCAGCGUCGUGAAGGGCUGCUCUGCGAUGUCAUCCUCAUCGUCCGUGACCAGGAGUACCGCACCCACCGCUCCGUUCUGGCCGCCUGCAGCCAGUACUUCAAAAAGCUCUUCACAGUGGCCACCACUGACGGCGGGGACCACCAUCACACGGCGGCCGUGUACGAAAUCGACUUUGUGGCUCCGGAGUCUCUCACGGCCAUCCUGGAGUUCGCCUACACUUCUACUCUGACCGUGACGGCGUCCAACGUUAAAGAGAUCCUGAACGCAGCUCAGAUGCUGGAGAUCCCGUGCAUCAUCAACGUUUGCCUGGAGAUCAUGGACAGCGGGGGCGGAGGUGGCGGAGGAGGGAGAUUGGAGGAGGGAGAGGAGGAUGAGGAGGAAGAGGAGGACGCGGAGGAAGACGAGGAGGAGGAAGAGGAGGAGGAGGACGAGGAGGAGGAUGUGGGGUCGAGAAAGGACGAGCAGGAGGAGGACAACGUCAGCGAGAGGUCACUGCAGUCGUCGGAGAGCAGGGAGGAGCAGACGCCACCGGGGACGGAGGACUCGCCGCCUCCCAGCACCUCCACAUACCACCAGCAGUUUGACCUGUCGUCCCAGUCUCAGUCUCCAGACACCAUGAGAGGAAAGCAGGAGAGUAUGGAGAGUCGGGCUUUGAAGGAUUUCUCCAUAGAGUCCCUCCUCCAGGAAGGGCUGUACCCUCGUAUGUCAACACUGGACAGGAGGGCCAACUUCUCCCCUCUCCUCCCAGGCUUCUACCCCUCCAUGUGGGCCGCCGAGUUCCCGGCCUUCCCGAAGCAGCUCCUGGAUCCCAGCCACCACCAGCAUCCCCACGCAGGAGUCUCACCACAAACCAGGCUCCCCCACGCCUUUCCCACCUCUGCACCACUUGAGGCCUCCAGGCCCCUUGAUCUAGCUGUGAAAAGAGAGAUCAUAAAGGAGGAGAUGAAAGAGGAGGUCCCUCUCAGUCUGCUCCACGGCAACUUCCUGAAGGAUUUCGUCAACUCAGGCCUGGGCAGCACCAUGAACGCUGGGUCGGUGCCCUCAGAAGGUCACGCUCUGGGUCCGAUAAAGGACGAAGCUGACUUCCGGUCGUACCUGAGCUUCCUGAGCUCCGCGUCCCACCUGGGGGCGCUGUUCCCCCCCUGGCAGCUGGAGGAGGAGAGGAAGAUGAAGCCCAAAGCGUCACAGCAGUGUCCGAUCUGCAACAAGGUCAUUCAAGGAGCUGGGAAACUGCCGCGACACAUGAGGACCCAUACGGGGGAGAAGCCGUACAUGUGCACUAUCUGUGAAGUACGAUUCACCAGACAAGACAAACUCAAGAUCCACAUGAGGAAGCACACAGGUGAGCGUCCCUACAUCUGCCUUCACUGCAACUCCAAGUUUGUCCACAACUACGACCUGAAAAACCACCUGCGUAUCCACACGGGCGUCCGUCCAUACCAGUGUGAGCACUGCUACAAAAGUUUCACACGGUCCGACCACCUACAUCGACACAUCAAGAGGCAGAGCUGCCGCAUCUCCCGCCCCCGGCGAGGACGAAAGCCAGCUGCUUGGCGAUCCACACCCACCAGCAACUUCCUGUGCCCCCCCACUGCUGCCACCAACCGGUUUGAGGAGAACGGGUUAAGCCCCGCAUACCAGGGAGUCAAGAAUCACGGACUUGGUGAGAUGCUAGGCCUCGGCAACAGGGGUCUGGGAUUUAAGAGCGGGGACGGCGCGGGCAGGGAGGAACGGCGAGCAGAGGGGAAGCGCGUCGCGGAGGAGGAGAAAGCAGGAGCAGGGAGGCAGAGAGGAGUGUUUGCCUUCGCCUUGGCUGGAGAAGAAGUACUUACCCACUCUCCAUUUUAUGCUUCGACCUCUGACCCCUGGACCAUGAGACUGGAGCGUGCUCCGCCCAUCCCUGAGCCGGCCAAAUGAACUGUAGAGGGAAAAAAAACAAAAAGACCAGAAAGAAAGUCUCCUUAAUCUUUGUGUCUGUUCUGCUCCAGGAAGCUAAAGCACCUUUUUAAAAAGUGAAAGAGUGAGAUCAAUGAACCUUUUGAAGCCUGCUGAUGUGGCUGUAGUGAAACAGACCUUUUCUUCUUCUUCUUUUUUUUUUUGGAGAACACAGUCUGACUAAAUAAUUUCACAGAUGUCAUGUUGAAUAAUUGUUUCAGCCCUGUGAAUGUUUACAAAUAUUUUGAUAGCAUUGUAGAAGAGGCGAACAGUUUGACACUGCUAAUGAGGAAAACAUAUCGGAAUGCUGUUAUAUAUAUUACCUGCAUUAUUUAUCUAUAAGGUUGUCGAAAAUGCUAUUAAUUCCAAAACUAUCAUUCUACAAUGUCCUCUAAAGCAAGAUGAAAUGAGACUUUUAUACUGGAAAGUAUUCAUAUGCAAGAAAAUAUAAAUCUACACAAAGAGCAGGACCUUGCUGAAUUGGUGACUAUGGUGAAUGUAAAACAAAUGACUACACGUACAAAAAUAAUCAAACAUUUAUUGCAGAGAAAGGUUAUUACAACAUUUCAUAAUGAAGGAGAAGUGGUGUAGACACAAAUAAAUAAAGUAAGUAAGCCUGCAUACAAACGCAGUGAUUUUUAUUUUGGACAGUUGUGUUUAAGUGUAAAAAAAAGACCAGUGCUUUUACAACAAAACAAAAACAUUAGAAAUGGUUUAUCACAGCAGGGCGUUGUCUGGCACAUGUCCUGCAAGUACGUUUGAUUCAAACAUGGUUAUUUAAUAAUAUCUCCAAACAAAGGGAAGCCACUUGAAGUCUAAUAAAUCAGGAUGUUUGAUAAUGUGCUAUUAUCCUUCCACUGCCUUGUUCUGAUUUAAGCUCCUCGUCUGCACUAUUGUACAUAGACACAAACUUUUUGGCCAUGGUGGUGUUCAUUACGGUUGCGUUGCUGAUGAUGUAAAAAAAGAAAAAAAAAUUAUAUUGCUCUUAAAAGACUUUGAGGCAUCCAUCCAAAGAUGUGUACUUUGAUAUUUCACAGACUUGAAUGAGACUUUGUUUUAAUGUUCAUGGAUAUGUGUCUUCAGAGGCUGUAUAUUUCUGACUAAUCAACUGCCGCUUUAGCUAUACAGUAUGCUUGUGUUUUUUCUGCUGCAACAAAUCAAGAGGGUUUUAGCCCCGUUUUUCAUAUAAUGUUCAUCUCUGAGUUGUGUAUAAAGCGUUCAAAAAUUAUUUGAAUUGAGAUGGGAAAGUAUUUUCUUGCUAUUUAUGCGUAUUUAAAUGAAUGAGCCUUGGCUAUAUUUUGCAAAUCUGUUUUAUAAAGACACUAAAUGUUG